AUGGAUCAACGAAUCUAUCUGAAACCAGUCAAUGAAUCCGUCGCAGCAUUCCGUCUAGGAGUAGCCAUAAAAGACUCGAUGUGUAGACCAUAUUUUCCAUCCCCGUCCCGCCCUUGCCCUGUUUACCCGAUUAGAAGGUCCCGCCACAACCGUGUUCGUAUCUACUCUAUGAACUUACCUUUGCAGUCUCUUCGCACCAAAACCAAAAUUUUGUCAUCCCCUCUGCAGCAAAUUCACGCCAUCAAAUGGAAUAUUCGGCUCAGAGAGCUCUCCAAACCUGGCCAAUACCAACAGGCCAUCACACUUUACCGCCAAAUGCUCCGCUUCGGCGCCACCCCCAAUGCCUUCACAUUCCCCUUUAUUCUCAAGUCAUCCGCCGCCCUCUCACUCCCAGUCUCCGGGGCACAGAUCCAUUGCCACGUAAUUAAGUCAGGUUGUCAAUCAGAACCUUUUGUACAAACUGCAUUGAUCACUAUGUAUUGUAAGUGCUGGUCACCUGACACUGCUUACAAGUUGUUCGAUGAAAGUCCCAAGUCGUGGGAAUUGACUGUUUGUUACAAUGCUUUGAUAUCUGGGUACGUUCAGGAUUCACAGUUCUCAAAUGGGUUGCUUUUGUUUCGUGAAAUGAGGUCGAGGGGAGUAGCAUUUAAUGCGGUGACAGUCUUGUGGUUGGUUCCGGGGUGUACUGUUCCAACGCAUUUGAAAUUGGGGAUGUCAUUGCAUUGCUCGAGUUUAAAGUGUGGGUUGAACAGUGAUUUGGCCGUUGCGAAUUGCUUUCUGACAAUGUACGUGCGUUGUGGGUCGUUUGAAUUGGCCAGGAAGUUGUUUGAUGAAAUUCCUAUGAAGGGGUUGAUUACUUGGAACGCGAUGAUUUCCGGGUGCGCACAAAACGGGCUUGGGACAGAGGUUUUGGAUCGGAUGUUAAUCAAGUGCGGUUAUGCCCGGGAACCAAAUCAUGAAAAUCAAGAAGUGAGGUUCUAUAGCAAACUUCGGGUCCUAAGUGACCAUUGGUUAUUAUCGAAGGAGCUCGCCUUGGAGCCCAGACAAUGA